AUGGAGGAGUUCCAGUGGAGAUUGCAAGGCACACUGGAGGAGUAUGGUCCUGUAUCAGCCGAGGAAGAACUGAGCUAUGGAGAAUUUAUAAUGCGAAAGCUCUGGCAGGAGGCCCUGGAGAUAGUACAGCGUCGGAACGGCGAGAAUCUCCCUAGUGAAGAGCAGUGGCUAACGAAUUGCGAGGCAAUACGAAAGAGUCUCCUGGGAGAGCAACCCAUACCGGAGUGGGUAAAGCACCUUGAGUUCCUAGUCCAGAGAGAGAUGCUACUGGAUGGCUUGUACCAGGCACUAUGGUGGUAUGCAGUUCAGCGAGACAUUUGA